AUGUCGCAGUGGACUGCCGCCAAAGUUCGCCAGGAGUUCUUCAACUUUUUCAAAGCAAAAGGCCACACCUAUGUCCCCUCCUCUUCAACCAUCCCCUACGAAGACCCCACACUACUCUUCGCCAAUGCUGGAAUGAACCAGUACAAGUCUAUAUUCCUGGGGACUGUCGAUCCCCACUCGGACAUGGCCAAGCUCAAGAGGGCUUUCAAUACCCAGAAGUGCAUUCGUGCGGGCGGGAAACACAACGACCUCGACGACGUUGGGAAAGACUCAUACCACCACACUUUCUUCGAGAUGCUCGGCAACUGGUCAUUCGGCGAUUACUUCAAGAAAGACGCCAUCGCAUACUCAUGGGAGCUCCUCACCGAAGUCUACAAGCUGCCCAAAGACCGACUCUACGUUACUUACUUCGAGGGCGAUACCAAGAACAAGCUGGAACCUGAUCUAGAAGCGAAAGAGUAUUGGCUGGCCCAAGGUGUCCCAGAAGACCACAUUCUCCCUGGAAACGCGAAAGAUAACUUCUGGGAGAUGGGGGCAACUGGGCCGUGCGGUCCAUGCAGUGAAAUUCACUACGACCGAAUUGGAGGACGUAACGCUGCUCAUCUAGUAAACCAAGAUGACCCUGACGUCCUUGAGAUAUGGAACAACGUCUUCAUUCAGUUCAACCGGGAAGACGAUGGCUCUCUCAAACAACUUCCAUCCAAGCAUGUCGAUACAGGAAUGGGCUUUGAAAGACUCGUGUCUGUGGUCCAGGACAAGAGAUCCAACUACGACACUGACGUCUUCUCCCCCAUCUUCGCCAAAAUCCAAGAACUGACUGGUGUUCGUCCAUAUGAAGGCCGAUUUGGGGCUGACGAUGCCGAUGGUAUCGACACGGCUUACCGUGUUGUCGCAGAUCACGUGCGGACCCUCACCUUCGCCCUGAGCGAUGGUGGAGUUCCCAAUAAUGUGGGACGUGGGUAUGUUCUCCGACGAAUUCUUCGCCGCGGUGCUCGUUAUGCUCGGAAGAAACUGGGAGUGACGAUUGGCUCUUUCUUUUCUUCUCUGAUGCCCGUUAUCGUUGAAACGAUGGGCGACACUUUCCCAGAAAUCACCAAGAAAGUCGACGAAAUCAAGGAGAUCCUGGACGAGGAGGAGGAGUCGUUCUCAAGAACCCUUGACCGUGGUGAAAAGCUUUUUGAUCAAUACGCUACUCGCGCACAAUCUCAAGGCGCACGUGAACUGAACGGCAAAGACGUCUGGCGUCUGUACGACACAUUCGGCUUCCCCGUCGAUCUUACGCGGCUGAUGGCUGAGGAACUUGGACUCGGUAUCAACGACGAGGAAUUCGAAGCCGCUCAAGCAUGGUCUAAAGAAGCCAGCAAAGCUUCACUCAAGAAGGACGCCACCGAGAUCGUCAAACUCGAUGUUCACGACAUCGCGAUUCUCGAAAAGAAUAACGAGGUUCCCAAAACCGACGACUCGGCUAAAUUCUCCCUUGGUAACACUUCCGCCACGGUCAAAUCGAUAUACUUCAACAAGUCCUUCCUCGAAUCUACUGCCAACAUCCCAGAAAAUACCUCCUUCGGAAUUUUACUCGAUAAGACUAGUUUCUACGCAGAAUCUGGUGGACAGGAACAUGACACUGGCAAUAUUGUCAUCGAUGGAGUUGCCGAUUUCGAGGUCACUGACGUACAAGUCUUCAACGGCUACGUCUUGCAUGUUGGUCACCUGAAGUAUGGACAACUGGAUGUCGGCUCACAAGUUGUCGCCUCGUAUGAUGAACUGCGACGGUGGCCAUUGCGCAACAACCACACCGCAACUCACAUCCUGAACUUUUCGCUGCGAGAAAUACUAGGAGACCACAUUGAUCAAAAGGGAUCCUUAGUUGCACCCACGAAACUGCGUUUUGACUUCUCUCACAAAGCCCAAAUCGCCCUUCCUGAACUUGCCAAAAUAGAGACAAUGAGUGUCGACUGGAUCAAACGGAAUGUCAAGGUCUACAGCAAAGAACUCGAUUUGCAAACUGCCCACAAAAUUCCCGGUCUCCGUGCGGUCUUCGGUGAAUCAUAUCCCGACCCAGUUCGGGUCGUGACUCUCGAAUACGACGUCGCCGAAAUGGCUCAAGACAUCACGAACCCUAAAUGGCGGAGUACUAGUGUCGAGUUCUGUGGUGGAACGCAUGUCGCAAAAACUGGCGAUAUCAAGGACUUUGUGAUCACGGAGGAAUCCGGCAUUGCAAAGGGCAUAAGGAGAAUAAUCGCCGUCACGGGGCAUGAAGCGCAAGAGGUCACCCGUGCCGCCCAGUCGUUGAAGGUCAAAUUGGAUCAAAUCGACGACAUGUCAGGGUUAGAGAAAGACGCUGCGCUGAAGGCACUGACUCUUGAACUUGGCCAAUCAGAUAUUUCGGUUCUGAAGAAAUCAGAACUGAAAGAGCGGCUGGGUGCGAUGCGCAAGGCAUUCGACAAGCAAACCAAGGAAAAGGAGGCCGCCACACUCAAAGAGGCCGUUGAUGGAAUCCUGAAGUAUUUCCAAGAGGAUCAAACUGCCCAAGCUUAUAUCGCGGCCGUCAAUGUAGAUGGCAAUGCCAAGAUACUGCAAAGCAUUGUCACGCAAGGUAGAAAACUAGAAAAGGCAGUCUAUGUUUUCAGCAGCGACGGCACCAAGGUCGCUCAUGCCAACUAUGUCCCACCAUCAAUCAAGGCCAAAGGCGUCGAUGCUCGUACUUGGGCAGGCAAGGUCACAGAUGUCCUUGGUGGAAAGGCCGGUGGCAAGGACGACAGUGCUCAAGGUGUUGGGACCAACGUCGACCAACUGGAUGCAGCUGUCGUCGCCAGUAGAGCUUAUUUAACACCAUACGUAUAG